UCUUCAGAAGAGCUUAGAUUCAGAAUAUAAAAUGGACCACUCAUCAAUACUUAAUAAAUAUCCAACAUACCGUGAUAGUCUUAUUAAGAGCUAUUGGAUGUAUAUUGAAGGUCGUCUGAUGGAUGACAAUGCAGAAGGUUAUUGGAGGGUUCAUAAUAAAUUGUAUAAUUUAGAUGAAUUAGUUAAAAAUCAUCCGGGAGGUGAGGAAUGGAUAUCAAUGUCAAAGGGCACAGAUAUCACAGAAUUAUUUGAAUCACAUCAUAUUUCCCCAACAGCAUCUUAUUUAUUGGAAAAAUACUACAUUAAAGAUGCAGAUGCUCCUCGUAAUUAUAAUAUAACUUUUGACGAAAAUGGUUUCUACAAAACAUUAAAACGCAGAGUAAUAACAGAACUUUCAACGAUAGACACAAGUGUCAUUUGGAAAUCAAAACUUACAUCUGAUAUCGUUCUGUGUGGAUUUUUUAUUGCAUCAAUAAUGGCGGCAAAAAUUGAAAAUUUUAAUAUAAAAUUAUUAUUCAUCAUCCUAGCGUCACAAUUCGGAGCAUGGAUCAUUCCAACAUCACACAACUUUAAUCAUCAACGAAAUAAUUGGCGAAGAUUUAAUGCAAAUUUUGUUAUGCUUGGUUGGAGAACGUGGCGAACUUCACAUGUUAUUUCUCAUCACAUGUAUUCAAAUUCGUUUACAGAUAUGGAAAUUACGUCGCUAGAACCACUUGUUCAAUUGCUUCCGGUUCACAGCCGAUCGAGUUUUGAAAUCAUGUGUAACUUUAUGCUUCUUCCAAUUUCAUAUGUACUGCCUUUUCACUUAGGCCUCAUAUUCAGAUAUCUUGGACUAUUCUAUAGUAAAAAUUUCAAGCUUCACUGGGAUGAGAUCUUAGUUCUUUUACCUCCAACUUCUAUGUUUCUUUUCGGAAGUCCUACCUUCACUUUAUCAAACUUACUAGACAUUUUGAUCACAUGGAAUAUCAUCAUUGCAAUUUCGAGCUUUUUGUUUGUUGCAAUGGCAAUCAGCGGAGGUCAUCAUAGUCCAUCAAUUGUUCACGAAGGCGACGACAUCAAAAGCAUGGAUUUUGGAAUUUAUCAAAUGUUAACAACUUUUGAUCGAACUGAAGCAAAUUUCUCAAUUCCAAUAUCUAUUCUUUAUUUUGGGGAUCAUGUCUUGCAUCACUUAUUUCCAACACUGGAUCAAGCUAUUUUGCCACAAUUAAGAGAAGUUUUAGACAAAACUUGUCAAGAAUUUGACGUAAAAUAUAUCAAAUAUGGAACCGUCAAGUCAUUUUUUGGGCUUUUGAAGCAAAUGUCAAGAACUAAAGCUAAGACAUUUAAGAAUAUUAAUAUUAAUGAUUAAUUUUUUAUUGAAAUGUUCAAUUUUACAAGAUUUUCUAUUAAUAAAAGUUUUAGUCAUUAGAAAAAG